AACUAGCUUCCCCAGAAAGCAAAUAAGCAAAACUUUGUAUUUGAUCCCACAUCAGAGUGGUGCAACUUGACAUGGUUCUGCUGAUUUCCCGAGUCACAUCAGUAGAGGGUGAACAGCUGUAUAAAGGGCAUUUUGGGGGUUUUCUCCUGCAGUCUUGCUUUAACAUGGCUAAAGUGGUGAUUUGUGUGUUUCUGGCAUCUCUGUUAGCCUUCUGUAGAUCGGCUCCGGUGGGUUUUCAUGGUGGUUCAGAUGCUCAUUGUCCUUUGACGGUGAAGAUCCUGGAUGCUCUGAAAGGCACUCCCGCUGGAAAUGUAGCUCUGAAUGUGUAUCGCCGGGGUCAAGGUGGGACAUGGGAAAAAAUUGCCAGCGGGAAAGGGGAUGCGUCGGGUGAGGUGCACGAUUUGAUAACAGAGCAGGAAUUCACUACUGGUGUGUAUCGGGUGGAGUUUGAUACUAAAACUUACUGGAAGGCUGAAGGACUCACACCUUUCCAUGAAAUUGCUGAUGUGGUAUUUGAGGCUCAUACGGAGGGUCAUCGUCAUUACACUCUAGCUCUUCUCCUGAGCCCCUUCUCAUAUACUACAACAGCCGUCGUGGUCAAAGCACAUGAGUGAAAACACACAACAGCUUCACAAACUGAACAGACAAACAACACUCACUCCAACCACACUGAUGAAAGACAUCCGACUCUGAAUAAGUUGUCAACUAUAAAGUCUUUUAAUAAUCAUUACAGAGCGUAAUGCAGUGAACAGACAGACCGGUACAACAAGAAAAAAUAAAACCUGGAACCAGGAAUUGUGCAUUUCAGACAAAGCAGCUGGGUUUUCCAGACAUUCUGCUUCUCACAUCGGUGUUAAAGCGACACUUCACCCAAAAAUGACAAUUCUGUCAUUUACUCACCUUCACUGUUCCAUAUCUGUAUAAAUGUCUUCGUUCUGAUGAACGCAGAAAAAUAUAUCUGGAAAAAUUCUUUUAACCACAUUUAUACAGAUUUUGAACAACUCGAAGGUGAGUAAAUGGUGACAGAAUUUUAAUUUUUGAGUGAAGUAUCCCUUUAAUGUGGACCCUCCACAACAGAGAAACAAAAAGGUUUUCAAAUGAAUGACUAGCAUAUUUUCUUCUGAUGUUUAGACGUGGACAUUGUUCCAGAUUCAAAUAAAUAAAAUAAAACAAA